ACAGCUACUUGCAGUGCAGUUCAGUGUUUCCUUGUCAUGCAUUUCAUUAACACUCGUAAAAUAUUAGUCUUUUUCAUGUCUGCCUGAAGAUAAUAUGCUAUAAUAUCUGUGUUCUGCUGUCCGUAAUACGGAAAUUUCACUUCGUUGGGUAACUAACUAACAUAGCAUAUUCAGUAACUACUAUGUUCAGUUGUGGAAAUGCGGUGGGAAAGUUUUUUGCGUUAACUUUGUUUAUUAACAUUAGCGACACUUUAGCCAGUUCGUAUGUGAUCACUGUUGAUGUGGGAAGACCAGUGGCAGAUCUUAAACACUUCUGGAGAAGCACAGGUUUCUGCCCCCCUCUCCCACACACCCAGGCCCACCUGUAUGACCUCAGCAGGGACCAGGAGCUGAACCUGGCCUAUGUGGGCUCAGUCCCCCAUGGAGGGAUCCAGCAGGUCAGGAUCCACUGGAUGCUGGAGCUGGUCACAGCACAAGAUGUCAAUGGAGGACCCCAGUACAACUUCACUAAACUGGAUCAGCUGAUAGAGCUUUUGUGGAUUAAUGGACUGCGACCAGGUUUUGAACUUAUGGGCAGUGUCUCUAACUACUUCACCGACUUUGAAGAGAAACAGCAAGUGGUGGAGUGGAGAAACAUGGUCUAUCUCAUAGCCAAGAGGUACAUUGACAAGUAUGGUUUGGGAAGUGUUUCAAAGUGGAACUUUGAAACGUGGAACGAACCCAACAACCAUGAUUUUGACAACGUCACCGUAUCAAUUCAAGGGUUCCUGAACUACUAUGACGCCUGUUCGGAGGGAUUGCGGGCAGCGAGCAGUCUCCUGAGGUUUGGGGGUCCAGGCGACUCCUGUCACUCUCCCCCACACUCCCCUUACUGCUGGGCCAUGCUGCAGCACUGCUACAACGGCACAAACUACUUCACUGGAGAGACAGGAGUCCGCCUCGACUACAUUGCCCUGCACAAGAAGGGAGGAGGCUACUCCUUGCCCAUUCUGCAGCAGGAGAUCCAGACAGUGAGGGAGAUCCAGGACCGUUUCCCCCACUUCCGUAGCCUCCCUGUUUACAACGAUGAAGCCGAUCCACUAGUGGGCUGGUCCAGGCCGCAGCCAUGGAGGGCUGAUGUGACCUACGCUGCCAUGGUAGUUAAGGUGAUCAGCCAGCACCAAGAUCUGCUGCUGGCCGACAGGAACAGCACCAUCAACUACACCCUGCUGAGCAACGACAAUGCCUUCCUCAGCUACCACCCGCACCCCUUCACCCAGCGCACCCUGACCGCCCGCUUCCAGGUCAACAACACCCAUCCGCCACACGUCCAGCUGAUCAGGAAGCCUGUCCUCACCGUCAUGGGCCUGCUGGCUUUGCUAGGAGAGACCCAGGUCCUGGCUGAGGUUUUGGACUCGGCGCAGAACAACAGCAGCAGCGGCACUGUGGGAGUUCUUGCCAGCAGCCACAAGCCUGUGAUACCAGGCAGCUCAGACAGCUGGCAGGCUGCAGUGUUGGUCUACAACAGUGAUGACAACAGCACCUCCACCACCGAGGACGACAUCACUGUCUCACUGAAAGGACUGGCCGGACAGAAGGGGCUUGUAUAUGUCACAUAUUACCUGGACAACAAUGUAACUAACCCAUACCAACUGUGGCAGGACAUGGGCAGCCCUGACUACCCAUCAGCAGAACAGUUCAGACGGCUCAGGAGUGUGGAGGACCCGCAGGUUGGGGGGCCCUGGCCAGUUCCUACAGGGGACACUUUGGUCCUGAAGCCCAAGCUCUCUGUGCCCUCUGUCCUCCUUGUCCAUGUUUGUUCCCAGCCCAAGGAAGUGCCAGAUCAGGUUAAUGGAUUACGCUUCAUCAGGAUCACCAAAGGCCAAGUCCUGAUUGUCUGGUCAGAUCACUGUGUCGAUUCCAAAUGCAUCAAGACAUUUGAGGUCGAGUUCUCCAAGGAUCAGACGGAGUUCCAGAGAAUAAAUACCAAAGACACUAUUUUUACUUCAUACGUCUACUCACCAGUGAAGCAGGAAGUUAGCGGUACAUACAGAGUUCGAGCUUUGGACUACUGGGGAAGGCCUGGGUCGUAUUCGCUGGCUGAGAAGUAUUCAGAGGACCACUAGCUCAACAAGGCCUGGGUCGAGUGUUUUAACACAGCAGCACUGUGUAUGUUGUUUCUGUGUUCUUCUGUACAGUGUAAAUGCAAGUUUUGUAGGGAUGCACCAAUUCUAAUCAUAAUCCGAUCACAUUUUAUACCCACAUUUGAUAUUUAUGCUCUCAAUCCAUGUGACAAUAAAUGAAUACAGGCUGAUUACUAAUUGAAAGAGAAUGCUGCUGCUUUUAAUUUCCAUAACUUGGUCAUUUCAUUUCAUUCCUUCCUGAGCACAUCAUCUCUUUAUUGUUGUCAGUCCUUGUGUUCAACUGUUAAUAAACACUAGCAGCUCACAUACACUCAUUUCUAAUGUUGUGUAAUGAGAUUAAUGCUAUUUCAGACAUGAACCAUGUUUUGGUAAAAAAAAAUAUGAUUUGUCUCCAUGUGGUUUGGCCACCACUGACACUGAAGUUUGAGUAGACCUUUGUCACAGCAGCCUUUUUAACAUGAAAUAACUGAUAAACACAGCUGUUACUAAUGACAUUAAUUACGGCCAGGGUCCUGUAUUGUAAGGCUCUGUUUCAGUGAAAUGGAACAAAACCUUUAUUAAUUCCGUUAGUAACAUCUGUGUUUACCUGCUAUUUCAUGACAAAAUAGCUACUGUGGAAAAGGUAAUUCAAACUUAACUGUCACUGUUGGCUGUGUGCUUUUACUGUUACAUAAUUGGUCAUCAGAAUCAGAAGUAAUCAGAUAUCUGAUUGGUGCAUCCCUAAUCUUUUGUAAUCUGUUUUUGAAAUAAUUGUUUGUAUUUUACAGUUGUGUAAUACUUAAAUGCCUUCCUUUUUGAAAUAUGAUUUUGUAUUCUGUUGCUUUUGCACAAUAGACGAGUGAAUGUUUAGUCACUUACCAGCUUCAAGUGAGGAUUCUUACCUAUAUGGUCGUGUUUGGUGGUCUGUGUCAGUGUAAUGCAUCCACCAGGUUUGGUCUAUAACAGUGAAAGCUGUAAUGGACUAAACUUGGUCGAUGUGUUACUCGCAUAGAGCAGUAAAUACGACUAUAUGGGUAAGAAUCUGAACUAUCACUUUAGGUGUUUUUACAAAGACAAGGACAACUCCGAGAUUCUUUAUAAAAUUUAUUGUCACCAAUACAGACAGUGCAGGUGUUACCCAUCAAUGUGACAACCAUGUGAGAUAAACUCUGCCACCACGUUUAGGUGACCACUUGUGGUUUUCAUUGUAUUCACUUCACGAUUCAAUUUUCAUAUCAUACAAUGUAUUCACCAGAGGAGCUCUGAAUUGGAUUUACUUGAGGUUUGUUUUUCUUUCACAUUAAGACAUAGCAAAUUGUAAUUUUUUUUAAUGUG